CUUUCGUUCGAGCUCCCCUAGCUAGUGCAAAUCUCGGCGGAUGAAUGUUUUCUUAAGGGAUUCUUCCCGAAAGCGACGCGAAAAUCUGAGAGGAGUCGACCAAGCUGAAAAUUCGUGAGUGAAAUCAUUUACUGUAAAAUUUAUGCUACAUUUCGUUGUUUGGAUUCCCAAAGUUUAUAGGAUUUGAUUUCGGAAAUUAAAAAGAAAGACCAAACUUGUGUUCAAGGCGUUCCUGGGGGGUGAUGGCACUCACGCCGACAGCGUCUCCCACAAAGAUUUCACCAUUUUUCUAUUGACAAAAAAAUCUUAUACAUCUCUACGUACAUUCGAUAUUUUUUGGUUAACCUGUCGGCUAGUACGCUUUGAGCACGUGAUUACGAUAAACGCCGCAUAACUAAAGUUUGUAUUUGAACAUUUUUUCCGAGGAAUUCAUUUAUGUGCUUCCAACGACAGAUUUGUUUUGUUGCACAUUCGUUCUCGGCUAGUGCCAUGGAUUUUCUUUAAAGGCUUCUCGAUGUUGAUUUUCUCCUUUAUAAUUGCGCUAAGCUACAAUAAAAUUACCAAUUUGAAUAUUGGAUCGCAGGAAUUUAUUCUAAAGCAGCAGAAUAAUGGAAAGCGGAAGCAACCUGCCUACGCCGGGUAAUUAUCCUGGUGGGGAUCGUCAACAGUUUUGCGUAUCAUGGAAUUCUCAUCAAUCAAAUAUGCACAGUGCAUUUCCAAAACUUUUAAGUUCUGAACAAUUUGUUGAUGUCACUUUAGCCUGUGAUGGAGGCUCAAUAAAGUGUCACAAAGUGGUAUUAUCCGCUUGUAGUGAUUAUUUGGAACGUUUACUGUUAGAAAUACCUUGCACUCAUCCUAUUAUAUUUUUGAGAGAUAUGAGAAUGUGGGAACUUCAAGCAUUAGUGGAAUUUAUGUAUCGUGGUGAAGUAUAUGUGGAGCAACAACAACUUGGUAAAUUAAUGCAAGCUGCUGAAGUUUUGCAGGUUCGUGGUUUAUUUACUCAAGGAUCAAGUGAUAAUUCUUCGAGUGAAAGUGGUUCACAACAGUGCGAUUCAAAUGCUACUGUUGCACCUACGAUUGCACAGCAGGAUGGAUCUGACUAUAAAUCUGAGGAAACUCCAUCUGAGGAUGGAACUUCGAAUACUAAUUUUCUAGAGAGUACAUCAAUUGCUGCAUCUAGUACAGCAAAUGCUCCAUCACACAGUACUACACCAGUUCCACAGAAUUCUAAUUCAUCAAAUUUUAUGAAUAUGGAGCACAGUGAGGCAUUACAACAUUUGGAAAAAGCACUUAGCGUUUGCGAAGCAACUUUAACUGAGACUCAGGGCAUGGUUAGGAUGGAACCAGACGAGCAAUUUACCCAACAGCAAGAUGUCAAGCCAUACUCCAUUAGUAUGGUACCAAGCAGCAAUUGUAAUCCUAGUAGCCCGUUUCCGCGAUUGAAGGUAAGAAAAAAGGUUAUCAAAGACGACAAAGACGUUCGGAAGAGGAAUUGAAGCAAGCUUCGGAUAUGGUAGCACGUGGUAUGACGUUUCAAGUUGCUUCAGAAAAGUACAAAAUUCCGAUAAGUACGAUUCGAUUCUAUAUGGUUAGGAAAGGUAUAUUACAAAGGCGAAAACGCGGUCGUGGUUCGAGUAAUCUUGGUAUGAAUAGUCAACCGGGAAGUCCUGCAAGUCCGCCAUAUCAUAUGAUGAACUAUCGUUUGCCAGAAAGCCUAAACUCCAGCCUACCGUAGUGCAGUACGAAAAGUAGCGAGUUUUUAGAUUUGAGUUGAAUCGAACAAAUUUUUUAUUGCCACGUCGGAGCUGUUCCAGGCUGUCAUUCUUCCCAUCUUUAUUGACUCACACUGAGUUAUUCGUUUCUCGUUUAAACAUUUACGACACGCGAUUACGCAUGCUUAGUGCAAGUGCGUUUUCGUCAAACUGCUCGUUAUUCUAUACACAUUUAUUGCAUUUACAGAAGAUAGUAAUUUAAUAGAAAAUAAUUGACAAGAUGUACGUAUCGUACAUGAUAGGCACGACUUUAGUCUUGAACAGCUCGGCUCCGUGUACAUAAGCAUCAUACGAGUUUUCGAACGCAGCAUCGAAAUGAAAAAGAUAUGUUUCAAAACUAAUAGAAGAUAAAAAAAAUGAUUCGUUUACAUGAGAAUCAUUGUAGAUGUAAUCAUUGAUUAGAAAUAGUGUAUAAUUGGUUAUAAUGAUAGUUUUUUCAUCUUAUUUUCUAUAAAUUUUAUGAUGUAAAAAUAAGAAAAAAUACAUCUCGAUACAGCGUUCGAAGAUCGCCUGUACGGUUCAGUUUUGGGCCGUGUUCCGUUCUUCUACUUAGUGACACAUACACCUUACGUACGUGGAUAACGUAAGAGGUAUUUUUUUGAGUCCUAUACACUGAUUGCUAUAACAGAUUUACAAAAUACGGUUCAUGGAAAAGUUUGAACGUGUCACUCGAAUCAUAUUUUUACGAUCAAUGGAAAAUCUUUUGAUAAUACGUAUCUAUAGGGUAGGUUCUUUUUUAUUACGUCCUAUUUAUACAUAUACACAUAGAUAUAUAUGUAGAUGUGUAUAUAUGCGCGCGCGCAUGUAAUAUUUUGCCUGUUUGUGUCUAUUUAGUGAAUGUCCAUGUUUGUGUCUGUGCCUGUAUGGGUUUAUGCGCGCGUGUAUGUACAUAUGUAAAUGCAUAAAUAUAUAUAUGUGUAUAUAUUUGAAUAAAAUGUACAUGUACUCUAUUAAGUUGCUUUUUUUGAAUAGUAAAUGCGAUUUAUCUAGAUAUCGAGAUAUUAAGCAUUAAAUUUCGGUUUUUAAAACCAACAAGAUAUAGUAAGUCGUUUACGAAUAUUAUGUUACUUUUAUUUAACACAAAAAUCAAGACAGAAACGGUGGAAUCGAAGCUCGCGAUUUUAAAAAAACGUACGAUAUAUUAUACGUAUCAUAUGAUCGUAUGCUUCGUCCAUGAACGAAUUAGUCACUAUGUUCAAGACUGGUAACACGUGGCUGAUCCGCAACCACGUCGAAUCUUAUACCGCAAAUCUGGAUCUACUACACAAAUAUUUUUGUAGACACUUUGCGCGUGGAAGGUGUCUUCUUUCUGCCUUUGUAUAUGCGUGUGUUUAUAUAUUUAUAUAUGCAUAUAUAUACACAUACAUGUACACACAUAAUACGUAUAUACAUACGCAUAUAAAUUACGAGAAUGGAAAUUGUAUCGAUACUUAUACAUGAACAUAUAUGUAUAAGCGCAAUAUAUGAACAUGUAUACUUCGAUAGUUACAGAUUCAGUGGCUCGAUGAACCCGUACUCGAUGAAAAAGUUUACAAUUUAACUUUCAUCACAAGAAAAAAGGACGUUACGGAAAACGAAUGAUCAUGACGUACGUAGCGUAAUGCUUUUUACAUGCUAGUGUACAAAUGAUAUUUAUAAUCUAUCGUCAAAAUCAGCAGUUUUCAUACAAACGAUCGAAUGUGUUGUACGGUCCUUUUAUGAAUACUGGAUCUGCCUUUUCGAAAGAUUAAAAUGAUUAGUACAUACAUUUAAAAUUGUGUAUACACAUGAUCGGCGCGCAUGCACGUAUAUCUUACAUAUAAUACACGUAUGUGCAUGCGCGCGCGCGCGUGCACUCUUACAUACACAUUCACUCACACAUAUACACAAAAUAUAAUCGUACAGUGUAUUGCCUUUGUUAAAUAGCAUUCGGAUAAGCCAUAUUUUUCCAUGCAAUGCAAUAAUCCAGCAAAGUAAAUUACCGUAAAACGUGAAAACAGCCUAAAUAGAAGAGUGCCAGAUAUGGGAGAAAAGAAAGAAAA